GUCCAGCCAUCCCUCCAUCUCUUCUGUUCAUCUGUGAGCUGAGAAACAACCAUGAAGCUGAAACUGAAGCUGCCGAACCCGGGUCUGGAGCAGCGGAUCCCGUCUCACAGUGAGCUGGAGAAGCUGGAGCUGCAGGAGGCUGGAGAGCGGCCCAAGUGGGACAACAAAGCCCAGUACAUGCUCACCUGUGUGGGCUUCUGUGUGGGGCUCGGGAAUGUCUGGAGGUUCCCUUACCUGUGCCAGAGUCAUGGAGGAGGAGCGUUUAUGAUUCCGUUCCUGAUCCUGCUGGUUCUGGAGGGAAUCCCGCUCCUGCAUCUGGAGUUCGCCAUCGGCCAGAGACUGAGGAGGGGUAGUGUUGGCGUCUGGAGGUCCAUCAACCCAUAUCUACUAGGAGUCGGUAUUGCCUCUAUGCUGGUGUCCUUCAUCGUGGGCAUGUAUUAUAACACCAUCAUCGCCUGGGUCAUGUGGUACUUCUUCAACUCUUUCCAAGACCCUUUACCCUGGAGCCAGUGUCCUAUUAAUGCCAGCCGGACAGGGUUUGUGUCGGAGUGUGAGCGCAGCUCUCCGGUGGAUUAUUUCUGGUACAGGAAGACUCUGAACACGACGCCGCAGAUCGAGGACUCUGGCGGUCUGCAGUGGUGGAUGGUGCUCAGCCUGCUGUGUGCAUGGACGGUGCUGUGGGUUUGCUGCAUCAGAGGAAUCGAGACCACCGGGAAGGCAGUGUACAUCACCUCCACCCUGCCCUAUUUAGUGCUCACUAUAUUCCUGAUCAGAGGACUGACGCUCAAAGGUUCUGUCAGCGGUAUCAAGUUUCUCUUCACUCCAGACGUGAAUGAGCUUCUGGAUCCGCAAACGUGGCUGGAUGCAGGAGCGCAGGUUUUCUUCUCUUUCUCUCUGGCGUUUGGAGGACUGAUCGCCUUCUCCAGCUACAACUCAGUGCAUAAUAACUGCGAGCAGGACGCCGUCAUCAUCUCUGUAAUCAACGGCAUGACGUCCAUUUAUGCCGCCAUCGUCAUUUACUCCAUCAUUGGUUUUAGAGCCACAGAGAGGUUUGACGACUGCCUCAAUGGUAAUAUUCUGUCUCUGCUGAACGCGUUUGACCUGCCGGAGGGAAACAUCAUCGAGAGUAACUACACUGAGGCUCUUCAGCAGCUCAACAUCAGCAGACCAGACAUCAUUCAGGAGCUGCAGCUCAAAACCUGCGACUUGCAGACGUUUCUGAGCCAGGGUGUUGAGGGGACGGGUCUGGCGUUUAUCGUCUUCACGGAGGCCAUCACUAAGAUGCCGGUGUCUCCUCUGUGGUCGGUGCUGUUCUUCAUCAUGCUCUUCUGCCUCGGUUUAUCCACCAUGUUCGGCAGUAUUGAAGGUGUUGUGGUGCCACUGCAGGAUCUUGAUAUCCUCCCGAGAAACUGGCCAAAGGAGGCAUACACAGCUUUGGUGUGUGUGGUGUCUUUCGCUUUCGCCGUUAUAUUCGCUCAAGGUUCAGGGGAAUAUUGGCUGGCUCUGUUCGAUGGCUUUGCCGUAUCCAUUCCUCUGCUGAUCAUCGCCUUCUGCGAGAUGAUGGCUGUGUCGUACGUUUACGGUAUUGACAGAUUCAAUGACGACAUCAAGUUCAUGAUCGGCCACAAACCCAACUUCUUCUGGCAGGCGACCUGGAGACUCAUCAGUCCUCUGAUAGUGCUGGUCAUCUUCCUCUUCUACUUCGUCACCACCGUCAGCAAAAAACUGACAUACAUCGCCUGGGACCCGGAGUCUGAGAACUUCCCGACCCUGUCCACGCUGCAGUACCCGAGCUGGAUUUCUGCCAUCAUCUUCAUUCUGGCCGGUAUUCCAGUGUUGAUCAUUCCUACAGUAGCUCUGAUCAGACUCAUCAGGAACCGCUGCUGCAAGAAGGAGGAAACACACACUGCAGAAACACCAUACUCCAUCUCUGACAGAGUACAGAUGAUGGAGGAGACGGAGCAAAACAACCCCACCACCACAGCAUUACACUGACACACACACACACACACCGCAGAAACACAAUACUCCAUCUCUGACAGAGUACAGAUGAUGGAGGAGACGGAGCAAAACAACCCCUCCACCACAGCAUUACACUGACACACACACACACACACACUGCAGAAACACCAUACUCCAUCUCUGACAGAGUACAGAUGAUGGAGGAGACGGAGCAAAACAACCCCACCACCACAGCAUUACACUGACACACACACACACACACACCGCAGAAACACCAUACUCCAUCUCUGACAGGAUACAGAUGAUGGAGGAGACGGAGCAAAACAACCCCUCCACCACAGCAUUACACUGACACACACACACACACACACACCGCAGAAACACCAUACUCCAUCUCUGACAGAGUACAGAUGAUGGAGGAGACGGAGCAAAACAACCCCACCACCACAGCAUUACACUGACACACACACACACACACACCGCAGAAACACCAUACUCCAUCUCUGACAGGAUACAGAUGAUGGAGGAGACGGAGCAAAACAACCCCACCACCACAGCAUUACACUGACACACACAUACACACACACCGCAGAAACACCAUACUCCAUCUCUGACAGGAUACAGAUGAUGGAGGAGACGGAGCAAAACAACCCCACCACCACAGCAUUACACUGACACACACACACACACACACACACCGCAGAAACACCAUACUCCAUCUCUGACAGGAUACAGAUGAUGUAGGAGACGGAGCAAAACAACCCCACCACCACAGCAUUACACUGACACACACACACACACACCGCAGAAACACCAUACUCUAUCUCUGACAGAGUACAGAUGAUGGAGGAGACGGAGCAAAACAACCCCACCACCACAGCAUUACACUGACACACACACACACACACACACCGCAGAAACACCAUACUCCAUCUCUGACAGGAUACAGAUGAUGUAGGAGACGGAGCAAAACAACCCCACCACCACAGCAUUACACUGACACACACACACACACACACCGCAGAAACACCAUACUCCAUCUCUGACAGAGUACAGAUGAUGGAGGAGACGGAGCAAAACAACCCCACCACCACAGCAUUACACUGACACACACACACACACACACCGCAGAAACACCAUACUCCAUCUCUGACAGAGUACAGAUGAUGGAGGAGACGGAGCAAAACAACCCCACCACCACAGCAUUACACUGACACACACACACACACUGCAGAAACACCAUACUCCAUCUCUGACAGAGUACAGAUGAUGGAGGAGACGGAGCAAAACAACCCCACCACCACAGCAUUACACUGACACACACACACCGCAGAAACACUAUACUCCAUCUCUGACAGAGUACAGAUGAUGGAGGAGACGGAGCAAAACAACACCACACUCCACUGACACACACACUCACACACACACUGCAUAUCGUACUGUGUAUGACUAUGUGAAUAAUAAAAAUUGAAUUCGACACAAACAUAAACACCGCAAACACACUCUCUCAUACUCACACAAACACUCAUAGACACAAAUAUAGACACACACAUAUAUAUACUAUACAUAACUAUAUAUAUACACAUAUACACGGACACAUACACACUCGCUCUUACACACACACUGCAUAUCAUACUGUGUAUGAGACAAAAAAUAACAUUUGAUUUUGAUACACAAACACAGUCACACACACACUCAGACACACACACACACACACACACACACUUGAGCAUACCCACGUUUUAUACAUGAGAGAUCUGGACUGGGAGCAAAUAUGUGAAUCACUAAACUGCAAAAGCCCAAAGGACUCGGCUUUGAUGAACUCAAAAUGAAGUUAUUGUCUGUAAUGAAGAGUUUAUAAACUGCUGUAAUCUGACAUGUCUCUCGAUUCUGAGUUUAACCCAAUACAGGGCACUUAUUUAGACA